AAGACGACGACGCCUCCUCCAGACUCCAGUCCUCCUCGCUGUCGGCCUUCCUUUCCUCCCGGCGACGACAGGGCGAGUGGCGCCGCGCCGCCUUUGGCCAGUCCUUCGUCCGGCGGCGAGCAUCCGACAGGGAAUUGGAGCGACCGUCUCAACAUGUCUUGGUCUGCAAUCGAGAAUGAUCCUGGUGUUCUUACGGACCUGUUGCAGCAGAUGCAACUGAAGGGUCUUCAAGUUGAUGAACUCUACUCACUUGACCUGGAUGCGCUCAGUGAUCUUCAGCCAAUAUAUGGGCUCAUAGUGCUGUACAAAUGGCGACCUCCAGAAAAGGAUGAGCGUCCUGUCAUCAAGGAUGCAAUCCCAAACCUUUUCUUUGCCAAUCAGAUAAUUAAUAAUGCAUGUGCAACUCAAGCUAUCCUUUCUGUUCUCUUGAACUCACCUGGCAUCACCCUUAGUGAUGAGCUUAAAAGGCUAAAGGAGUUUGCAAAGGACUUGCCACCCGAGCUCAAGGGAUUGGCCAUAGUCAAUUGCGCAAGCAUCCGAAUGUUAAACAACUCAUUUGCAAGGUCAGAGGUCCCUGAGGAGCAGAAACCAUCUAGCAAGGAUGACGAUGUUUACCACUUCAUAAGCUAUGUUCCAGUGGAUGGUGUCCUGUAUGAGCUUGAUGGACUCAAGGAAGGGCCGAUAAGCCUGGGGAAAUGCCCAGGUGGUGCUGAUGAGGCGGGGUGGCUUAGGGUGGCGCAGCCUGUGAUUCAAGAGCACAUUGACCGGUUCUCUCAGAAUGAGAUAAGAUUCAGUGUGAUGGCAAUCUUAAAGAACCGGAAGGAGAUGUACACAGCAGAGCUCAAAGACCUCCAGAGGAAGAGGGAGAGCCUCUUGCAGCAGAUGAGCGAUCCUUCUGCCAGCAGGCAUGUGCCAUCUGUCGAGCAGUCUUUAGCAGAGGUGGCUGCUCAGAUCGAGGCUGUGACAGAGAAGAUCAUAAUGGAGGAAGAGAAGUUGAAGAAGUGGAAGACAGAGAACAUGAGGAGGAAGCACAACUACGUGCCAUUCUUGUUCAAUUUCCUCAAGAUUCUCGAGGAGAAGAAGCAGCUGAAGCCCCUGAUAGAGAAGGCAAAGGCGAAACAAAAGUCUCACAGUCACAGCACCAAUCCUAGGUGAAAAAGCUGCAAUACAUCCAGUGUUUGUUUUAGUUGAGGUUUCUUGUAGAGAUUGGCUGUGUGGCCCAUGUGUUCCUGGCCAGUGUUCACUCCUAAUUUUAGCUAGUGCACAAAUGUCUGCUGAAAUAUAUUCAGGCGAAUGAAUGUUGAAGAGGCGUGCCUUGGAGUUUAUCCAGUCAUACUGUAUGAGAACUAUACAUGAUUUUCCCAUUUUUUUUUCUGGCAGACUAAUUAUUUCAUUUACUGACA